UUAGGCGUAGAUGUAAAUGAAGGCGUUACAGCCUCCUGACGAGUGACGUAAUUGCGCACAUGCGUAAGAUUGAUGGGCGGAGCUUUCCAGUCGGUCAGGAAGAGGGGAAAGGCGGACACAGGCACAUCAAGCGAUGGCUGCUAUCAGGAAAAAGUUGGUGAUUGUUGGGGAUGGAGCGUGUGGGAAAACCUGUCUGCUCAUCGUCUUCAGUAAGGACCAGUUCCCCGAGGUCUACGUCCCCACCGUGUUUGAGAACUAUGUGGCAGACAUUGAAGUGGAUGGGAAACAGGUAGAGCUUGCACUUUGGGAUACGGCUGGUCAGGAAGACUAUGACAGACUGAGACCUCUCUCCUACCCUGACACUGAUGUUAUACUGAUGUGCUUUUCUGUAGACAGCCCUGACAGUUUAGAGAAUAUUCCAGAAAAAUGGACACCUGAAGUGAAGCAUUUCUGUCCAAACGUUCCCAUUAUCCUGGUAGGAAAUAAGAAAGAUCUCCGCAACGAUGAGCACACUAGACGAGAGCUUGCUAAAAUGAAACAGGAGCCAGUUAAAUAUGAAGAUGGCAAAGAGAUGGCAAACCGCAUCAGUGCCUACGGUUAUCAAGAGUGUUCUGCCAAAACCAAAGACGGUGUGAGGGAAGUCUUUGAGAUGGCAACUAGGGCAGCACUGCAGGCCAAGAAACGUGGCAAGAAAUCCACCUGCCUCCUGUUAUAGGCUCUGGGAGAAAAACAGCAAACUGCCCUCCCCCGUGGCGAUUAUAUUUGAGAAUGCUAAUUUUCUGAUCAUCCAAUUAUUCUCAGCAAAUUAAAAGGUCUGAAAUUAUUUGAUAGGCUUCUACACUUUGGUCCUUUGUCCUUACAUUAGAUUGUGUGCCAUUUUGCCUGUGUCUAUCAAAAAGUUUCAGAUCUAUAUACAUGUAGGGUAGGAGUGGGGGGCUGAGGUGGAUGAAGACAGUAAAGGUCCUUACUAGGCCAAAGAUUAUAUGGACACUAGUAAGAAAGACAUAAAAAUAAAUUUGAAGUGGAUUUUACACAGUAUCGCCUACAUGUAGUGCCUUGAGAGCAGUGAACUAGAAGGGGAAGUCAAAGGGUAUGGAUUUAUGACAUGAAUGAGGUAUUUUGUCAUUUGUGAACACAUCUCUCCCUGUCAUUGACUUGGCUCCUUUGGGCCCAUUUCUGACUCAGGCGCUAUGCAGAGGUAUGUCUCACUAGAUCGUAUGUGUCAUUUUCCCAUACUGAAUUACUUGCCUGAAUUGACGAAUGUGUGAGGAUGUGUGUGUGGGUGUAAGAGUACAUGUAUGAUGUUGUCUGCAUGCAGUGAAUGUGUGUGUAUUUGUAUGAGUGUGUAUUAAUAUUUGUGUCUGUGUACUGUAUGCAUGGAAAGGCCUUCUGCAUUAUUGACCUAUCCCCCUGUUUCCAUGCCAAAGUUACCCUUGAUGUCCACAUUUUAUGGCUCAAACGGGUAAUGGAAAUAACAGCUAUUUAGAGUGACAUAGAAACCUUCACUUUACUGGAAGACAUUGUUUAAUAGCUAGAGGCACAAUCAGGUUAAAUGUGUUAUGAAUUCUUAGGACCUUCUUUGUGUAUACCAGAGAUUCAUUUGAUUGUGUUAAUCAGUGGGUCAAAUCAUGAGUGUUGUAGUUAAAGAAUUUCAUUCAUAUGAAUGAUAGGCUUAUCUUAUUACUAUAAUGUCCAUUAUGUACUGUAUGGCUUACAAGGCCUUGACAUGUUAAUGUGUAUUUCAAGUUUGCCUUUUACUCAAUUUUCCCCAACUUCACCUUAAUGAUGAUGUCAUUGUACUAUAACUACUUUUUGUCGGUUGGUAUCUCCAAUUUUCUUAACAUAUUUUGAUAAUUUUUCCUAAUUUCACUGUUGUGAUCAGCUCAUUAAAAUACUAAAUUGUAUUGAUAAUAUUGUUUCAUGUGAUGAAUUGAAGGUUAAGCUAAGGGUGAGAGGCUGGAAGAUUGUGGUUGGGCUGCUAGCAGUUUUCUUUACAAUUAUUUGUUUGUACUGUGAAACAUUGGGAUUUGCUUUUUCAAAUAAAGCUGGUAUUAGGGCUUUUUGUUGUAAUGUAUUUGUGUUUGGAUCAAUCCAUUUAUUAGUAUUAAUUACUAUUUUACUUGUAUUCCUGGCAUUACAUUUUCCCUAAAUAAAAACACUUAUAACGAGACAAAA